UUUAAUAAGAAGGGCAUACGACAACAUUCUUACGGGAGCAUAACAAAAUUCAAAGACAAUGAAGAUUGUCGGCUCUCAAAUAGGGUAAUCCCACCUGGCUUUAUUGUUAAAGAUAAAGGAGUUCUUAAAUCUCUUCCCAUACGGUAUUCCUUUAAGCCAGUGCCAUGCUUCGGGUUCGAAAAGAGGGGUAAGGGACUAGACAAGUCUCAAAUAUGUUCAAAUUUUCAUCCCACUAUUACCGAUAAUAAGAACGAGAGAUGUACAAGGAUUCAAAAGUUAUCUCAAAAGAAGCUAGUAUCCAUUUCAGCUGGGGAAUACAAUUCCAUACAAAGAAAAGUGGAUGAUCAAGCUUUUAAUGUAGGUGGACAUGUUACAACCAAUAUCAAUUCCAUGGGUCUUCAUAAAGAUAACACUAGAAGCUACCUUAUUCUACAUAGUUAUUCGACUAUGCUAGAAGUGAGUACAAUUUCUAAGACUAAUAAGGAGUAUAGUGUCGUGCAUCAAAAGUUGAUAUCACAUGCGGAUAAAAAUUUGAAGCAAGAUUCUCACGUAAUGGAUGAUGAGGAUAAUUUAAUGUGCAUAAAAUUUAUAAACCCCACACUCAAGUCGGAUGGCACGUAUGCAAAGGACCAGUUUGGAACUAUUGGAACUAUUGAUAUUCUAGUAUUAAUGUCGCUAGGAGCUAUAGUACCAUGCAAAAAGACAUAG